AUGACGUCGGUUCGUGUUCGUCCUUUCCAGCAAAAAAUGGCAGCUGUUGACAUCGACGUGCCGGUGGACACAGAAGCUCAAAUCCGCAAUCCGGAGGACAUGGAACGUCAGGCUGAAGGCUUCAAAGAGCAAGGAAAUGCAUUCUACAGCCAGAAGGAUUACUCUGAGGCUUUCAACUAUUAUACUAAGGCCAUAGAUGUGAGCCCCAAAACUGCCAGUUAUUAUGGCAACAGGGCAGCCACCCUCAUGAUGCUCUUUCGCUUUCGUGAGGCCCUAGAAGAUUCCCAGCAGGCUGUGCGGCUGGAUGACUGUUUCAUGAAGGGUCAUCUACGUGAGGGCAAAUGCCACUUGUCGUUGGGAAAUGCCAUGGCGGCUAAUCGCUGCUUUCAGAAGGUUUUGGAGUUGGAGCCCAGCAACAGAGAGGCCCAGCAGGAGAAUAAGACUGCAGCGACUCUACUGGAGUACCAAAGAAUGGCGGAUGUUGGCUUUGAAAAGCGGGAUUUCAGAACGGUGGUGUACUGCAUGGACCGGGCCUUGGCUGUGUCUUCUGCCUGCCACCGCUUCAAAAUCAUCAAGGCCGAGUGUCUGGCUCUGCUGGGACGCUAUCCAGAAGCCCAGUCCGUGGCAAGUGAUAUCUUGCGAAUGGAUUCGACUAACGCAGACGCGCUCUACGUCCGAGGCCUGUGUCUCUACUACGAGGACUGCAUUGAUAAAGCUGUUCAGUUCUUUGUCCAGGCUCUGCGCAUGGCACCUGACCACGAAAAAGCCCGGCUAGCCUGCAGGAAUGCCAAAGCCUUAAAAGCCAAGAAGGAGGAGGGCAACCAGGCAUUUAAGACCUGCAACUAUGAAGCCGCCUACAAGCUGUAUACUGAGGCCCUGACGAUAGACCCCAACAACAUCAAGACCAAUGCUAAACUCUACUGCAACAGAGCCACCGCAGGAUUAAAGCUGAAGAAACUUAAUGAAGCCAUUGAAGACUGCAGCAGUGCAAUCAAGCUAGAUGACACUUACAUCAAGGCCUACUUAAGAAGAGCUCAGUGUUACACGAACACAGAGCAGUAUGAGGAAGCUGUACGGGACUAUGAAAAAGUUUACCAGACGGAAAAAACAUCAGAGCACAAGCAUCUGCUGAAGACUGCUCAGCUGGAGCUGAAGAAGAGCAAGAGGAAAGAUUACUACAAGGUGCUGGGGGUCGGCAAGAACGCCACCGAGGAGGAGAUCAAAAAAGCCUACCGCAAACGGGCCCUCAUGCAUCACCCAGACCGCCAUAGUGCAGCGACUCCAGAAGUGCAGAAGGAGGAGGAAAAGAAAUUCAAGGAGGUUGGCGAGGCCUUCACUGUGCUCUCCGACCCGAAGAAGAAGAUGCGCUACGACAGUGGACAUGACCUGGAGGAUGAAGGCUCCUUUGAUGGCGGAGAUUUUGAUGCAAACAACAUCUUCAGGGCUUUCUUCGGUGGCCACGGUGGUGGAGGAGGAGGAGGACAUGGAGGAGGAGGACAUGGAGGAGGAUUUAGUUUUGAUUCCAGUCCAGACUCUGGGCCUGGAAAUUUCUUUUUCCAAUUUGGCUAAAGUGAAGGAUCAUGUGGGGAAAAAUGCAGCACUGCAGUGGAAAAAAAUAAAGUUGGACCCACAGUCACCUCCUGAUGCUCAUCCUCCUGAGUGUCUUGCAAAACCUCCCCAAUAUUAUUUUCAAGUGGUUUUUGAUUAUUGCAUUCACUCCUAAAUUUACUCAAAAACAGUGGGAAUGAUAAUUCAGAGACUUUAGUGAAGAAUUAACAUUGUAAAUAAAGAAGUGCUUAAGAAGUCUUUUUUGUUUUUUAAAGAGGUUUGGAUCAGCUGAUCUCAGAGCAUGUCCCUGUUGCCAAAAUCUAAAUAUUAGAUUAAAAUAAAUCUUAUAAAACUGCCUCAACCUUCAUAAAGGUGACUAGUUGUAAGAAAUGCAUUGGAAGUUUAAGCAUCAUGGUUGAUUAGUUUUAGAAGGCAUAACAUGGCAUCCGUUUUUAUGGUUCUCCUGGGACAGCAUGUCUCUAUAGAGCAAGAGUCAAUGUACUGUGGAAGUUCAAUGUCAAAACUGACCUCAGGACAGCCCGUUUAGGACAACGCAGGUCUGUUGCGAGUGUUGUGUUCAGGUUUUAUUGGCUCAUUUGCCAAAUAUAGAAUCAAUGUGCAGGGUUUUCGUUUCUUCUCCAUGCUGCAUUGUAUAUGACUCGAAUGUAAAGUGUUUUGUGUCCAUAAAUUGUUUUCCUCCUUCA